CAGAGCCUUUUGAAUGGCUUGAUGUGUUCCAAGCCUGAAGACCCCAUAGAGUACUUGGAAACUUGUUUACAGAAAGUCAAGGACCUAGGAGGCUGUGAGAAGGUGAAAUGGGACACAUUCGUCGGCCAGGAAAAGAAGACGCUACCGCCGCUGAACGGAAGCCAAUCUCGGAGAUCCUUCCUCAGAAACGUAAUGCCUGAAAAUUCAAAUUUUCCUUAUCGACGGUAUGACCGGCUUCCCCCCAUCCAUCAGUUCUCCAUAGAGAGUGACACGGACCUGUCUGAGACAGCAGAGCUGAUAGAGGAAUACGAGGUUUUUGACCCGACUAGACCGCGCCCCAAAAUCAUUCUCGUCAUAGGUGGUCCAGGAAGUGGAAAGGGUACCCAGAGCUUGAAAAUUGCAGAGCGGUAUGGAUUCCAGUACAUUUCAGUGGGAGAACUAUUGAGGAAGAAAAUCCACAGUGCCAGCAGCAACAGAAAAUGGAGUCUGAUUGCCAAGAUAAUCACCAACGGGGAGCUGGCACCACAGGAAACGACAAUUACCGAGAUAAAACAAAAAUUGAUGCAAAUACCUGAUGAAGAAGGCAUUGUGAUUGAUGGAUUCCCAAGAGACGUUGCCCAGGCUCUGUCUUUUGAGGACCAGAUCUGCACCCCUGACCUGGUGGUGUUCCUGGCUUGUGCCAACCAAAGGCUCAGAGAGAGACUGGUGAAGCGUGCAGAGCAACAGGGACGGCCGGAUGACAAUCUGAAAGCCACCCAGAGGAGACUAGUAAACUUCAAGCAGAACGCCGCGCCGCUGGUGAAAUACUUCCAGGAGAAAGGACUCAUCAUGACUUUUGAUGCUGACCGAGACGAGGACGCCGUGUUCUAUGACAUCAGCAUGGCGGUCGACAACAAGUUAUUUGCAAACAAAGAGGCUGCAAUGGAUUCAAGUGACCUUGACCCUUCGAUGUUUGAUGCUGGAGAGAUCGUGGAUACAGGAUCAGACUAUGAUGACCAGGGUGAUGAUCAACUAAAUGUGUUUGGAGAGGACACCAUGGGAGGCUUAACGGAGGAUUUGAGGAAACAUAAAAUUAUUUUCCUGAUGGGUGGCCCCGGCUCUGGCAAAGGCACCCAGUGUGAGAAACUGGCAGAAAAAUAUGGAUUCACUCAGCUCUCUACUGGCGAGCUCCUGCGCCAGGAACUGGCCUCCGAGUCAGAAAGAAGCAGACUGAUCCGUGACACCAUGGAGCGUGGAGACCUGGUGCCCUCGGGUGUCAUCCUGGAGCUGCUGAAGGAAGCCAUGGUGGCCAGCCUUGGCAACACCAGGGGCUUCCUGAUUGACGGCUACCCCCGGGAAGUGAAGCAAGGGGAAGAAUUCGGAAGAAAGAUUGGAGACCCACACUUGGUGAUCUGCAUGGACUGUUCGGCAGACACCAUGACCAACCGCCUUCUGCAGAGAAGCCAGAGCAGCCAGCGUGGGGAGGACACUGCCAAGACCAUUGCCAAGCGUCUGGAGGCCUACCACCGAGCAUCCAUUCCUGUCAUUGCCUACUAUGAGACAAAAACCCAGCUACGGAAGGUAAACGCAGAAGGAACCCCAGAUCAAGUGUUUCUUCAGCUCUGCACAGCUAUUGACUCUGUUUUCUGAAGGAGAAAGCGCACAACUGUUCAGGAAAGUAGAAAGAGAGACAUGAAAUUCACCCCUUGCACACAUUUCCCUUGGUCGCCACCAGGCCUAGCAGGCUGUUUCCUUCCCAGCUCAGCCCUCGCGAAUGUCAUCUGGAAACCACGCAUGGUGUCUGUGGGACUGUCCACUGUGUCCUCCUGUAGACAGCUCUCCCCUUUGGUACACUUGUUUUUCUGUCACCAGGCUGUACCCCAGAGCAGCGGCACGGGAAGAGCAGUGUGGGAUGUGUCUGCUAGCUGUGCCCAGGCCCACCUGGAGUCUGAUGCAUCAUACAGAGAGAACAGAACCCUAACUCUCCAGCACAGCUUCCUCCCUGAUGUGGGUCCUUGGCAUGGGGACGAGCUUGGACAUGUCACCCUGUACUGGCUCUGUGGGGACUUUUAGAUGCCCAGAGAUGCUGUCCAGCUUCUCUAAGACAGCAAAACGGCAAUCAGGACUAUCCAUUUGUGGGACUAGCAACAUCGAAUAGUGUCAUAAAGGCUAACACGCCUGAGCAGCUGCAUGAGCCACCCUCCACGUGGUGGUUAUGUCCCAGCAAUUCCACAGAUUAGUGCCAGAGACUGGAAGUAACUUAAAAGCAGAGAGACAGUUGUUACUUCACUGACAGAACCAUCUUGUUCUGACCUGAAGUGUCUACUCCCAGUGCUGGGGCCGGGCUGGGGGCAUGGGUGUUCUGCGGCUCCUGGGUUGUAUCUGUUUCAUGGGCCUGCUCCAUGGGUAAACACGUGCAUCACACCUGUGAAGUGUGCAUCUUUUGUACUGAGUUGUUGAGCUGGAGCCACUCUGUCUUCUGAAAUACCUGCAUCUUACACUCAACCACUAUACAACAAGCAGUUCGGUUUGCAUGAUUAUUUUCCUCAGUUGAGUGUGCAAAUACAGAAUGGUUUCCAGGACAGAACCGUAUUUUUAAAAUCAUCCCCCCCAAACAGUUAUGUACAAAUGAAAUAAAUGGAAGCCAGGAUAACUCUUUCUCUAUUUAUUUGUAACUCACAUCGUUCUGGAAAGCCUUU